GGGGGGGGAGCAGUAUUUUCUGCUUGCUUGGGUGUGUGUUCACUCUCCCAGUGAACUCUCCUGUGUCUGAAAGUACCUAGCGCUGUGCGUGGACGCACUCACCGAUAACUGCCCUUUCCUGCAGGUAGUCCGUCACCUGCUGGCUUGAUCUUGAUGUGCCUCACAUAUGACCCCAUAAGCAUAUGACUGUUAUUUUACUGAAACAAACACUUAACACCCGUGGCAUUAGAGCACUUAUUUAACGCGAAGGUGGGAGUAGUGGUUUUCGGAGAACGAAAUGACUCGGAAUAUAUCCGCCUGCAAUGCAACCCCUGCAAUUUCGGGGAAAAAGCAUGGAUAUAAAAUGUCAGCAGGUAUUAUCUGUUUUUUUUAAAUAAUAAUAAUUUUAAAAAAUUCAAAAAAAUCCAUCGCUGCACAAAGAGGCUGCAAUAUAAAUCUCUGCUUUACUGCCAGCCCUGAAGGGACUGUUCUCUCAAACUGAUUGAAUGAAGGAGUCAGACCCUGCCCUGCAGGUGCGAAUACACUCUUGUGAUUGUCCCGCAUUGGCGAGGGUGUUGUAGGGGUAGGGCAGGGCAGGGUGGGGAUCCAGCUGGCUGGGGGCCAAUCAGGAGCCCCCCUUGCCUUGUGGCCCCUCCCCUCCCUGCUCACGCCCUUCUCCCCCGAUCCUUUAUAAAUGGAGAGCUCCGAGCUGGCUGCCUGGCGCUCUCCAGUUUCUCGGUGCCUGCUGUAGGGAACGAACGUCAGCUCAGCGACAAUGUCUGUGUCCUACUCCUAUUCCUCGUCCAAGAUGUCGGGAGGCGGAGGCGGCGGCGGCGGCGGCAGCCUCGGGCUUGGCGGCAUCGGCUUGGCCAGGGGCGGCGGGGGCGGCGGUGGCGGCGGCGGCGGCGGGGCCAGGAUGGGCCUGAGCUAUGGCGGGGGCGGCGGAGGCCUGGGCUCAGGAGGGGGGCUAGGGAUGGGGAUGGGGCUGGGGCUGGGAGGGGGAGGAGCAGCGGCCUACGGAGGGGGCCUCGGCCUCGGGCUGGGGGGAGGCGGGUAUGGCCUGGGGUUGGGCGGCGGAGGAGGAGGCGCCGGGCUGGGCUACGGCGGCGGCGGAGGCGGCGGCGGCGGCGGCGGCCUGAUGAUCAGCCCCGCCUUCACCAUGGGCCGCACGUUCGCGGCGGGGGGCCUGAGCGGCAGCUCGGCCCUGGCCGUGGGGCCCGUCCUGGGGCCCGUCCUGGGGCCCAUCCUCACCCGGGCGGCGGAGAAGCAGAUGCUCUCGGGCCUCAACGACCGCUUCGCCACCUACAUGGCCAAGGUGCGCACGCUGCAGCAGGAGAACGCCACCCUGGAGGCCAAGCUGUCCCAGCUGACCGGGGGCACCGACAUGUCCCCGGACUCGUCCACCACCAGCAUAGAGUACGAGGCACAGCUCGGCGAGUACCGCAUCACCCUGGAGGGCCUCACCCUGGACACCAUCAAGCUGGAGGUUGAACUGGACAACAUCCGUGGCACCGCCCAUGAGGUCAAGGCCAAGCUUGAUUUUGAACAGGGCGUCAGAUUCCAGCUGGAGGCUGACAUUGCAGCCAUGAAGAAGGAUAUUGAGAUGGCGUCUGACCUGCGUAUUGAGCUGGAUGCCAAGUCCUCCAGCUUGAAGAACGAGCUGGACUUUAUAACCAAGACACAGGAGGAGGAGCUUGCCGGCUUACAGUCCAAGCUGGGCACCACCAACAUGGACACGUCCGUGUCGAUGAUCGAGGUGGACACCCUCAAAUCCUUCGACAUCUCAGAGGCCCUGAACAAGAUAAGGGAGGACUAUGAGAAGUCGGUGCGGCAGCACAAAGAAGAGGCGGACGCAUACUACAGACUCAGGAUGGACGAGAUCUCUACAGUAACAGCCAAGAGCACUGAAGCCAUCAGCAGUACCAAAAUAGAGAUUGCGGCUGCUAGAAAGGACCUGCAGGGCCUGGGUUUGGAGCUUCAGGCUCUGCUGACCAUGAACAUGUCGCUGGAGCAGCGUCUGGCUGAUGCGCAGGCGCUGUCGACGGUGGGCGUGGCGGAAUUCCAGGCCCAGAUAUCCAGUCUGGCCGCGGCCAUCGAGGCGGCCAAAGCAGACCUGCAGAAGCAGAUCAUCGCCUACCAGGAGCUGUUGGAUGUCAAGAUGGCCCUGGACGUGGAGAUUUCCACCUAUAGGAAACUGCUGGAGGGCAACGAUUUCAAGAUGUCAGAGUCCUACUCAGGGGGAGGAGGAUCCUACACCUUCACAGGUGGGACGGCAGGCAUAAGUGUCAUCUCAGGUGGGUCUGCAGGCAUAACUGUCAUCUCAGGGCACAGAGAGACAUCUGCCGUCUCCGAUGGAGAGGAGACCGAGUCAACUUGACCUCCACGUGGGCCCCUGAAGACAGCAAGACAUCGCACCUCUACCUUCCCCUUGAAGCCCCGCCCCCUACGCCCCCCACGCCCCCUACGCCCCCUCACCCUCCUACGCCAAAGACCUUUGGCUCCAGCCUACGCCCCUUCCGAGCAUGGAUCCCUCACUCUUUGCCUACAGCUUAAUAAAUCUUCCAGCUUGAACC